AUGACUGCGAAUCGUCUGGACAGAAACGUCGUGGUACUGGGCGGCAUGGGAGUUGGAAAGAGCACGGCUAUUCAGAGGUUCCUGAACAACGAGUUUAGCGACACGCAUUACCCAACAGUCAGCGGCACGUAUAACAAAAAGAUUGUUAUUAACGAUAAGGAAUACAGCCUAACCAUUACCGAUACCGCUGGACAGGAUGAGACUUCAAUCUUGGACCCGACGUUCGCUGGGUCAACGGACGUCUACGUGAUUGCAUUCUCCGUGGCGUACCGUAAAAGCUACGACAUCGCACAAGUUAUCCGCGACAAAAUCUUGGAUAUCUCUGGUGUGGAGUCUGUGGCAAUGGUGCUUGUGGGGAAUAAGAGUGAUCUGAAGGAGGAGCGGCAGGUAUCUAAUAGCGAAGCGAAGGAGCUAGCGCUCAAGUAUAAAUGCCCUUAUAUCGAGACUUCCGCAAAGGAGAAUUCCAAUAUCGAAGAGAUGUUUGUCAAGUCAGUCAAGAUCGCUAAUAAGGCCAGGGGUGAUGAGGAGGAGGAUGGAGCGGGCGCAGAUGGAGACAAAUCAAUGUGUAUAGUCAUGUAA